CUCACACUUGGCUCUCACACUUGGUCCCUCAUUCCAGCGUUGCCGCAUACGCUGCUCCCGAGUUUUUUUGCGUGAAACACAACCUGUAUGUAAUUGCUGUAUGGUGGUCAGGGUCUUGGCGGCUGUGAAGCGCGUCAGACUCGAUUAACACGGCUGUAUCAAUGUGAGGCCAGACGCGUCAUCUUGCUGCCCCACGUGCAAUGUUUAACACAGUUACCAGUGAGAGGCAUUUCAUAGCGAUGCGCACGCGUAUGUGCUUGGCCAGCAGUCGGCUUGAAAAGCUUAAAGAAGCAUGCUUACUUCUACCUGCCGCUUGUAUUUGGCAGCUAUGCGCUUAAACGAUGGGAGUGUUUGGAAUUAAACAGCGGCGAAGUCGUGAAGCCAGGGUGUGGACGUCGUCAGGGCCGCGCUGCCUCCGGCUAGUACUGGCGCUGCUAUAUCUAAACGCAUACACAGUAUGUGCGGUGCAUUCCAGCAAGCCUGAAGAAGUUGACGACGAAUGCGCUCGCGCAUACACAGCCACGGUGCUGCAAAGCUGCUCUCCGUCCGGCGGCGCCAGCAGCACCCUGGGCAGCAUCACGCUGAGUGACACGCAGCCGCCGGUCCGACUGGCGGCGAGUGGACUCCUAUCGCGAUGCGGGCCCGGUUUGGGGCUGAGCUCGUCAGCUGCUGCGGCGCCGGCUGCGCCCGGAAACAGCUCGGCCCGGACGCUGCGGCCGCUGCGGGUGGUGGGGCCCAACAGCACCAUCUUCCGGGUGCUGCGGGAGCAGGCCAAGGUGUACGCCGCCACCACCGGCGUGCCUGUGGUGUUCGACUUGCUGGAGCUGACAGCCUUUGUGGCCGAGCGCGGCCGCCAGCUGCUGGACCCGAACCCGCCCAACGGCACGCACGGCUUUGACGCGCUGCUGGCGGCGCCCACGUCGUUUGGCGAUGCCGACAUUGGCGGCAAGCUGACCGACCUGACCUACCUGGUGCUGGGCGACCGGCUGUUGGGCUGGGCCGGCAUCCAGGCCAGUGCCAAGGCCAGCGUCAUGUACGACGGCCGCGUGUCGGCGGUGCCCUUCAUCCCCGCGCCCCAGAUGCUGUAUUACCACCUGGACGCCUUCACGCGCUGGAACCUGUCUGUGCCCAGCACCUGGGAGGAGUACGCCGACCUGGCGGAGGCGCACCACGGCCGCGAGGGGCUGUUCGGCAGCUGCAUGCUCAUCCCGGGCUGCGGCAGCGAGAGCUACGUGCUGCGGCUCAUCUACGGCAGCUACGUGCAGACCCAGGGGCCCAGCCACGGUAUGUACUGGGACCCGGAGACGCUGGAGCCGCUCGUCAACACUCCCGCCAUGGAGGCGGCGCUCAAGAUCUGGCGGCGCCUGCGGCUGCUCAACCCCACCGACACCGCGCCGGGCAACUGCCUGCGGCGCGACUACGUGCGCGGCCGCUGCCUGCUGCAGAUUCAGGCGGGCACCGACUUCAAGGUGGGCUCCGUCAGCCCCAACUCCACCGGCUGGACGGCGAUGCGCGGCCGCAUGGGCAUCGCGCUGCAGCCCGGCACCACACACGUGCUGGACCGGCAGACGCGGCAGCUGGUGCCGUGCACCCGCGAGCGCUGCCCGUACGCGUACGGCACCUCCGUCGUGAACGGAACGGCGCUGCCGGUGAACCGCGCCAUCACGACCUCAACGAACAUCGUCCUGCUCAACGGCUUGGCGCCCGACGUCUACCAGUUCUACGUGUACAACCUCUUCAGCUUCUUGGCAAGCCCAGCCGUCAUUGGCACACGGGGCCUGCUGACGCUGAACAACGAGAUCCUGCCGGCAAGGGAUGACGACCUGGAUCCCUCCAACGUGCCGCUGUGGGUCAAGGCCGGCUAUGACGAGGGCGACACGCAGCGCUUCCUGCGCGUGCACCGCUGGAUGGCGCGCAUGGACAACAUCAACGCCGACCUCAAGAUUCGGCUCACCACCAAUGUCACUAAUGCCAUGCUGGCGGCCGCGUUGGCGUACGGCAGCCCGGCCGCCAACAUCACCGCCGCCUCCGCCAGUAACGUAAUGGCGGCGCUGGAGGCGGUGCUCAACCGCAUCGUGGCGGCGGAGGGCGGCAAGGAGGGCUUCGCGGCGCAGUACCGCAGGGCCGUUAACUGGAGCCCACAGACGAUCGACGAGGCGCCGCCGCCGCCGUCGUCCUCAUCUGCCUCUCGGGCGCUGACGCUUGGCCUAGCCAUCGGCAUUCCGCUGGGCGUGACCGCGCUCGCGGCGGUUGUGGCGGCGGCGUGGGUGAUGGGCCGGCGGCGGGGCUGGCAGCAGCGCUGGCGGCGGCGCGGCGGCGCGGCAGUGCCGGGCGCCGGCAGCUCCACCACCCUGUGUGUCACCGACAUUGAGUCAUCUACGCUGCUGUGGGAGUACCUGCCGGCGGAGUGCAUGGACGCCGCCCUCAAGCUCCACCACCGCGUCAUUCGGCAGCUGCUGCUGCAGCACAGCGGCUACGAGUCCGCGACCGAGGGGGACUCGUUCAUCCUGGCCUUCCACCGGCCACUGGACGCGUUGCUGUUCGCGGCGGAGGCGCAGCAGGCUCUGCUGGACGCGGUCUGGCCAGUGCAGUUGCUGCAGCACGAGCCGCUGCCGGAGGUGGACCCACAGGAUGACCCCGGGGCAGAGGUGGCGCUGCUGCACAGGCCGGCUCAGCGCGGCCCGCGUGCCGCCGGCACCCCUCGCCGCCAUACUAGCAAGCGCUCCAUGUCGCCUCAGGUCUCAGCCUUGGCGGCCGCGGCCGCCGUCGCGGCGUCCGCCUCCACCGGCGGCCCUGCGGCGGCCGCAGCGACUGCAAAUGCCAGCACCGCUAGCGGUCCUGCGACUGGCACCGGCGCGGGCGCAGCGUCAGCAGGCGCCACGAGCCUUGCCGCACUGCUGACCGGCCAGGGCAGCGUAGAGCCGAACACAAUGGGGCUGCUGCAAAAGGCGAUGAUGAGCAACAGCGGUGGCGCUGGUGGCGCUGGCGGCGUCAGUGGCGGCGCUGGUGGCAGGCCGCCCUCAGCGGACAUACUACAGCUGAGGGGAUCUGGCGUGCUGAUGUCCAGGUUCAGUGGAGCCGGGCUGGACGGCAGCGGUCCGCUGCUAGGGAUCGAGGGCAGCACACACGGCGUCGGAUGCGGCGGCGGCAUGGGCCCUAGCGGUGCGGCUUCGCCGAUGCCGCUGAUGCCGCCGCCGAUGAGCGCGCUGAGCCCGAGGCUGCGCCGCGCGGCCGCCACCAGCAGCAGCGGCAGCCCGCAUGCGCCGCGGUCGUCACGUGGCGGGACGCCUACAUCGGCAGGCGGCGCGGCGGCGCGGCGGCGCAGCGUGGGAGGUAUGCUGCCCGGCAUCCCUGCGACGGGCGCUCUCUCCCUCACGCUACGGCUGGCCGCCUCCCCAGCCCCGUCUGCCGGCGCUGCUACAACCGGUGCUGCAGCCGGUGCCGCCGCGGCAGCUACAGCCGCCUCCAUCGCCAGGCCCAACUCUUUGGGUGGCCUGCAACUGGGAACGGCCCUGCCUCUUGAUGAAUUCAGGCGUGAGUCGUCGCCGGCGGCGUCCUUAGGCGAAAAUGGCGCCGCCGCCGCCGCCGCCGCCGCCGCUACCAGUGGCGGCGACGGGCCGGUGGUCAGCGGCAGCGGUAGCUACCGAGCCACAGCCGGCCGCAUCAUUAGCCGGCUGGGCGGGCCGUUGGCGUCGGCGAUCCGCACAAGCCGUGCCUUUGAGAGCCGGCCUUCGCUUGACGACUCGGAGGCUGUUGCAGCUGCCGCCAACUACAAUGACUAUGGAAGCAGCCCCGUCGCGCAUGCCGGCGGCGGGCUGGGCGGGCUGGCACAGUCGCCGUCAACGCAGCGGCGUGGGGAAGACUUUCUGUCGAAGUUGUCGAUGGUUCCAGCAGAGAUGGCGACGGCGGCUGCAGUGGAAGCGGAGGUGGAGGCGGCCGCUGCGGCAACGGCAGCCGUCGCCCCAGCUGCUGCUGGCAUCGGCGCCCGGGCACCCAUGGCACUGGCGACGUCGCCGCACCCGGGGCGAUCCCCACAAACCAGCAACGCGCAACUGGAGUCGCCGUUCUUCUCGGCAACGCUUCAACCGGUGCCAGGCGCGCCGCCUUUGUUCGGGAACACUGACCAAGAACCAGAACCGCAGCAGCAGCAACAGCGCUUUGAGGUGUCCACCAUAGGCUUUGAGGUGAUCCCACUCGCAGCAUCUGCACCAGUUGUAGCGGUGCCGAUACCAGUCCCGACAGGACCGGCAAGAUCUCACAUGCCGCCAACGGCAGCAUCCGAAGGCACCUCUUCGGCGCCGCCGCCGCCAGGGCUGGCGAGUGCCGCGAUGCAGAGCGGUGGCUCUGGUGUUGCCAGCAGCAGCGUGGAGCAACAGCAUUCACACCUGCAACAGCAGCCACCGCUGCAGCAUCCGCGCGUUGCUCACUUUGCCUUCGGCCCGCGCUCAGCGCAGGUUUCGGCUGACGGUACGGAGGCGGGCGCCGGCGCUUUCCCGGCGCUCUUGCCGGCCGGACGGCUGAGGGCGCCACAAGCCGGCACCCUGAUCGCGGCUUUGAAGGCCCAGUAUCAAUUGCUGCGGCCAGGCCGCGUGUUCGCGGUCCCGUCUCCCUUACUGCUGUCGCCCAAAAACAGCGGUCCGCUGCCCGUCGCUCUUCCGCCUCCCUCCUUUGCCAGUGGCGAGAUAACGCCCGCGCAGCAGCCGGGGCCUUCACUCGCAAUCUCUGCAUACGCAGCCGCGGCCGAGGUCCCUGGCGCCGACCUCCGCCGCAUGAAGAGCCGCAGCGGCAUCACCGCCGCCGCUGCCAGGGCUGGCGGCGCCGCCGCCGCGGGCGCGAACGAGUCCCGUGUGGUUGUGUUCAGAGGCCUGCGGGUGCGGAUGGGCCUGCACUCGGGCGUGCCCUCGCCGGGUGACGUCAGCCGCAACACCGCCAGCGGCCGAGUGGUGUUCUCGGGCUACCCGCUGCGGCUGGCCAAGGCCGUGUCGGACGCCGCGCAUGGCGGGAUGAUCCUGUUCAGCGAGACGGUGCGGGAGGAGCUGCGCGUGGACGGCGAGGAGGACGGCAGCGGCAGCGGCGGUGGCGGCGGCGGCGGCAACAGCGGCGGCGGCAGGGGCUCUCUGCAGGGUCUGUCGGUGCUGUGGAUGGGCCGCCACGUCCUUGGCGAUGGGCUGAAGGACAUGCACUUGUUCCAGGCUGUGUCGCGUGGCAUGCUUGGGCGUCUGGCGCUGUUCCCGCCGCUUCGCACCGAGGCCAUUAUCAGGCCUUUCACGGGCGUGCUUCAGGCGCCGGUGGUGACAGGCGCAGUGGCGCGUGUGACCGUGGCGGGCGCCAGCACGCUGCUCGCGUGGGACUACCAGCUGGCGUCCUUCGCGCUGGAGAUGAUGUACGACGCCAUAAUUGCGGAGCUGGAGUCGUACGCCGCCGUACUCAGCCAACUGCCAGGCUGCAGUACGGAGCCGUACAUAGUGGAGGGCGCUUUCGGGCUGGCGGGCCGCAGCGGCGGCGCCGCCGCCGCCGGUGGCGCGGCGCGUGGAAAGGGUGCUGCUGCUGGCGGUGGCGCCGCUGGUGGCAGGGUAAGCGAGGAGUUUGCGUUUGCUGGCAGCUCCGCCGGUCGCGGCGGCGGCGUCGGCGGUGGCGGCGCCGGCGGCGCCGGAUUGGGUGCGGGCCAGGCUCAGGGUCGCAGCACUUGCACCGGCAGCCGCCACAGCCGCAGCAGCUCAUCCUUCACCGGCAGCGUCAUUGACGCCGCGGCUGCCGCGCUCCAUCUGCCCAGCUACCACCACCACCACCCUUACACCCAGCCGCCGCCGCAGCAGCAGCAGCAGCAGCAGCGGCAAGCAGCGCGGCUAAGCACUGAGUCCCACCGCCGCAGCGGCGGCGGCGGAGCCGGCGGAGCCAGCGGCAGCGCGCCAGCGGCGCUGGGUUCCAAGCGCGGCAGCGCCGCCACCGCCUCCUCAUCUCUGACGGCGGCGGCGGUGGGCGCGUCAUCAUCGAUGGCUUUUGCCGUGCAGCAGGCGCCGUCGUCAGCCGUGCUGACGUCGGAGGCGGGAGGCCUGACCGGGGAGUUGUCCAUGGUGCAACCGGACUGCGCCAGUGGCGGAGUGCCGUCCACACCCAACCUCUCGCUCGCUGCGCCGCCGCAGCCGCCGCAGCCGCCACGCCUGGGUAGCGCGCCGCCGCCUCGAGCCGUAUCGCUUUCGUCGGACGGGCGCGCCGCCGGCCGCAGCAACAGCGUUGGGGUUGGAGGCAGAGGCGGCAGCCGUGCGGGCGGAGGCCCGCCAGCGGCGGUGGCAGUCAUAGAUACCGGGGCAGCGCGCGGCGUGGCGGCUCCCGCCAGCUCGGCGGCAGCAGGCAUACUUGGGCCCAGACGUUCCUCGUUUGACCUAGCGCCAAAGGCGUCGGGCGGGGCAGCGGCACCGGCGCGGCCACCGCUGCCGCCGGCUGCAGCUGUGCCUUCCGCAAGCGCCAUUUUCAGCGGCAAGCGGCCAACGCGGCAUGGUGCCAGCAGUGGCGGCGCACUUGCCGCUGCCAAGACGUUCUCGCGCGUUACGAAUAUUGGCAGCGGACUGACAGCAGCGGCGGCGGCGUGGCUGGGCGAUGGCGCGGGCGGCGGCGGCGGCACGUCUGGCGGCGGCAGUGGCGGUCCGGGCGUCAUGACCGUCGUGUUUGACUCGGCGCACGCGGCGGCGGCAUGGCUCCUGCUUGUGGUUGACCUGCUGCCCUGCUUGGACUGGCCGGCCGAGUUGCUGUCGCACCCGCUGUGUGAGGACCUGACCUUUGAUGAUGCGGUGGUGGUGGGCGCCCUCGACUCCAAUGCCGACAUGGUGGCGCUGAGGCUGCAGCGCCAGCAAGAGGUGCGCGCCAACCCGCAGCAGGGCGCUGCCAUUGCCGGCGGCACCGGUGCCAGCACCGGUGCCGGCACCGGUGCCGGCACAGGCAGCAGCAGUGUGGCCGCGGCGGUGCAGCCGCAGCCGCAGCCGCAGCGUGCGUCGUCGAUGUCAAAGGAAAUGCAGCGGCAGGAGCAGCAGCAGCCGGCUGCAGGGACGGCUGCUGCAGCGGCGGCGAUAGCAUUUGGCCAGCCUCACGUUGCCAAUGUGGCGGGAGCUGUGGUGGCGGCGGCGGCGGCAAACCGGACCAGCGCCAGUGGCAGUGUCUCUGUGGACAUCGUCCUGCCGUCGUCAGCACCAUCGGCCCUGGCUGCUCCCUGCGGCGCCAGCGGUACCGCGCUUUCAGGAGCUACAGCUGCAACCCGAGCAGCCAGCGGCGCUGCCAUUGCCGACGUCACAAUUAGGAAUGCCGAAGACGGGCGUGGGCCUGUCGGGCCCUUGGCUGAAUCCAAGCUCACAAGACCUGUCGAGGAGCCGGAGCCGCAAUCUCAGUCGCGGCAGCAGUCGUCGCAGCGCACUGGUAUGGCCGCUGCAGCCGACGAGAUUGCAGCUGGAGCCACUGCCGCCGUGGCCGCGGCCGCGGCGGCGGCCGCGGCCGGAGUUGGUAGUGGGGGUGGCAACACGUGGCGUGCGCAGCUGCCGCCACGCUCGGGCGUCGUGUUCCGCGGCCUCCGCGCCAAGUGUGCGGUGGUGUACGGCGAACUUGGGGGUGAGCUGCCUGCGGGGCUCGCCUCCUCGGGCCAGCUGGCGUAUCGGGGCAAGGCGUGGACCGCGGCGGGCCGGGUUGCAGCCAAGGCCAAGGCAGGGGAGGUCGCCACAAAUGCCGCGACGGUGGCCCUCCUUCCACCUUCUAUUGCCAAGCUCGUGACUGUGAAGAACGUCUGAGAGCAGUAAACGCCACGGAGGGAAACCAAUAAGAGUUGCGCAGCAGGCCCUUGCAGGGCAGGUGCCACUGGAUGGGUGCACACCCUCUCCAAUGAUACCGUGCGUGCACUGUUGCUGAAGAUUCAACCUGCAGAAUUGUCGCGAAUGCGUUUCAUGUUCAGGAGUCACAUGACGUGCCACGCUGUGCAGCGCCGUGGUCCGUGUGGCCAUGCCUGCUGUAGCUUUUAUGUUGAAUGAAUGCGACGAAUUGACUGACAUUGGAGCUGGCUGGCUUGGUGCGUUUUGCCAGGACCAGGAGCACUGGCUGUGGACUUCUUCCACAUGAUUCAUGAUGACUCAGCCGCCUGUGCUGGGUGGUUUUAAUUACAAUAUCAGUCUCGGAGUAUGCGGCGUUUGGGAGCGGGUGUAGCAGCUGGUGUGCGAGCACCCUUUGUAGCGUUCGACCAGCCGCGCACUCCUGCCCUGCCGGUGCAAAUUGUUUGCCAUCUGCUGGGUUCUGGGAAUCAGCUGCACCCUACGGGACUUCACCACCCUGCCUUACAGCGGGUGCUAGCGUUGCGUUGUUGGGUUGUCAGUACGGCAUCGCCCAACUGGUAUUAUAUGAUGUCGGUAGUGCGAAGCGUCUUGGGUGGGGACCUCGAGCAGCCUCCCCCAGAUGGAUAAAGUACGGUAAAGGAUCAAUUACAGAACGCUGCGUGGCAAUGCUGCUUCUAUCUUGGCUGCGCCUGCAAUACGUGUGAUGGCUGAUAACACCUAGGCUGACAGUCGGCAAACACGCGAUCAACAUUUUUUUCGGGGUGCACUCCUCCUUUGUGGACGCAAAGCGGUCGAGCACUGAUUUCAUGGACUACGAGGGCAAUGCCACCGACGGCAAGCAGCACCGGGUGGCGCUGUGUGCUGUGGGUGCAGCCCUGUGCAGCACAUGUUUAGUGCCCGCAGGCAUGCGGCAAGCGUUGCGUGUUUCUUUAUAAAAGGUUGGUGGUGGUUACAGCGAGGCGCGAGGAACCGCACAUGUGCUGUGCCUUGCGGUUGCCUUUGUCAGGUUGCCUGUGCCGUGGAAUCACUUGGAAUCAUCGAUAGGAUAAGAUGAGUGGCGCACGCUUGUGCUACUGUUUGCUGGUGCUGGAUGAAGACUGGCGUGGUUGGCGCAUGGAGGCGGCAGCAGCAGCAGCUUAAGUGCUGGGAAGCGUGUGCGUCGGGUUUGCAGUAACUGCUGACCCCAAGGCAACGGCAGCACGUGAUUAUUGUAGUGGUGUACGGGCGCAGCAACAGCCGUCUGGCAGCCGGGUAGCGCUGGUGUCAUCAGUAGACGUCCGGUCCGCAGAUCCGAAGCAAUCACG